GGAGCGGCGGCCGCGGGCCGGGCGGAGCGGGGCGGCCAUCCCGGGAGAGAGGUUGUCCCUUCGAUGUUGGCAGAAUUUGCUGAGGUGGGCGCUGCCCUGCGAGGCUCCGUGUGCCAGCCAGAAUGAUUGAGGAGAGUGGGAAGAGGAGGAGGACAAUGGCGGAGAAGAGACAGCUGUUCAUGGAAAUGAGAGCCCAGAACUUUGAUGUCAUCAGACUUUCAACGUAUCGGACAGCCUGCAAGCUGCGCUUUGUGCAGAAGCGAUGUAACCUUCAUCUUGUUGAUAUCUGGAAUAUGAUUGAAGCCUUCCGAGAUAAUGGCCUUAACACUUUGGAUCAUAACACAGAGAUCAACGUGUCUCGACUAGAAACAAUCAUUUCAUCCAUCUACUACCAGCUCAACAAACGCCUUCCUUCUACUCACCAAAUCAGCGUAGAGCAAUCCAUCAGCCUUCUCCUCAACUUCAUGAUAGCAGCGUAUGACAGCGAGGGCCAUGGGAAGCUGACGGUGUUUUCAGUGAAAGCAAUGUUAGCAACAAUGUGUGGUGGCAAAAUACUGGACAAACUAAGAUAUAUUUUCUCUCAAAUAUCAGAUUCAAACGGACUGAUGAUAUUUUCCAAGUUUGAUCAGUUUUUGAAAGAAGUCCUAAAACUUCCAACUGCUGUGUUUGAGGGACCUUCUUUUGGAUACACAGAGCAUUCUGUACGGACGUGCUUCCCACAGCAAAAAAAGAUCAUGCUGAACAUGUUUUUAGACACAUUGAUGGCUGAUCCACCUCCUCAGUGCCUUGUGUGGCUGCCUCUCAUGCACAGACUUGCCCAUGUUGAAAAUGUCUUCCAUCCUGUGGAGUGUUCCUAUUGCCGCUGUGAGAGCAUGAUGGGCUUCCGGUACCGGUGCCAACAGUGCCACAACUACCAGCUCUGCCAAAACUGCUUUUGGCGUGGCCAUGCCAGCGGGCCUCACAGCAACCAGCACCAGAUGAAGGAGCAUUCGUCUUGGAAAUCGCCUGCGAAGAAGCUGAGCCAUGCAAUCAGUAAAUCACUUGGCUGUGUACCAAGCAGAGAACCACCUCGUCCCGUGUUUCCUGAGCAGCCAGAAAAGCCACUUGAUCUUGCACAUAUAGUUCCCCCUCGACCUCUGACUAACAUGAAUGACGCCAUGGUGACCCACAUGUCCUCCGGAGCACCGACACCAACAAAGAGUGUGCUGGACAGCCCAGGCCGGCUGGACGAGGAGCACCGCCUGAUCGCCCGCUACGCAGCCAGGCUGGCCGCUGAGGCCAGCAACACGCCUCGCCCACCCACAGACCUGGGUUUCAACUUCGAUGCCAACAAACAGCAAAGACAGCUGAUAGCAGAGCUGGAAAACAAAAACAGAGAGAUACUGCAGGAAAUCCAGCGUCUGAGACUGGAGCACGAGCAAGCCUCACAGCCCACGCCGGAGAAAGCCCAGCAGAACCCAACGCUACUGGCUGAGCUUCGGCUCCUGCGGCAGAGAAAGGAUGAGCUGGAACAGAGGAUGUCUGCGCUUCAGGAAAGCAGAAGGGAGCUGAUGGUGCAGCUCGAAGGGCUGAUGAAGCUACUCAAAGAAGAAGAGCAAAAACAGGCAGCGCAAGCAGCGGGCUCGGCGCACUCGUCCCCCACCCACGGAGCCGGCCGCCCGCUGCCCAUGCCCGUCAGAUCCACCUCUGCUGGCUCCACACCAACACACGGCCCCCAGGACAUCGGGGACAUGCAAGAAGCUUUCACACAAGGUACAAGGAGGAACCUGCGCAACGACCUGCUGGUGGCCGCCGACUCCAUCACCAACACGAUGUCAUCGCUGGUGAAGGAGCUGCACUCAGCAGAGGAAGAAGAUGAAGAAGAAAUGGAAAAAAUGCAGAACGGGAAGGAUCGAGGUUAGAUGGACGACCACAGGCUGUACAGCAAUUCAGGCGCAGGGGGCUCUCGGUGAGCUCGUGACCGAAGACGUCCCCGCGCCGCUGGGAGAGCCGCGUUCCGGCCGACCCACCACCAUCGCGCGACUGUGAUCGACGCUGACCUCCCACCGGCGCCGGCGUUCUCCCAGCCAACCGAGGGGUUUCCCCGUGGGCAUUUGCCUCUUAGGCCAUUGCAUGUACUGUUUUCCUCAGUGUGUUUACUAACGAUAAUCAGACAGUGCCCCAUCGAACUGUGCCAUUUGCGGGAGGUUCAAGAAAAAGGCAAUACUCCCCGCUCCCGCUAUGCGUUCCAAUCUGUUGGAUUUCCCACCCAACAGCGGCGCCAUCGCAUCUCAUGCUGGCUGUUUCCUCUUGGCUCCUGCCCUUUGCUGUGCAUGACAAAAAAUGAGGUUUGCACCAUUGGGGUCUCUUUGCGUGUAAAGCAGGGGGGACUCGUGAGUGUGGACCGUUCAGACCCACCUACAAGCACCGCUCCGCUGUCGGGUUGCUGUUGUGUUUGAUGUUACGUUGUCCUCUGUAAGUGAUGGCGUGUCAGGGAGGAACGAGCAGUGGGAGGACCCCAGACCAGUGCCUCUUCUUUAAACUGUUACCAAAUGUCCCCUUGCAGGCAGGGAAUUCAGGGAUGAGUAGCUUGGGUUGGCAUCAGCAUCUCUGUGUUCAUUCUUGAGAGGAGAGCUGGGUUUUGUUUAAAAUUAAGAGAAAGAGCAGAGUUGUGUAGUCUGAGGCUGGGAGCUCACCGCCGUCUGGGUGCUUAGGAAACAUUGCAAUCAGUUCCAAUCACACCAUUUCGGGGUUUUUUUUUUUUUUCCCCUCGGUGUUCUGGAAUGUUAUUUUUAGUGGAAGGAGCUGAGUGCCCUAAUGCAGCCAUAAAUAUUUAUCAGGGGUGAUGAAUGGGAAGGAGCGAUAAAGCCCGAAGCCAACGGCAGCCAGUGCGGCACGGAGAGCGCUCGUUGGGUACCUGCAGCCCUUUGGGAGAGCAGAAAUAAACAGACGUGGUGGCCACAGCCUGAGCCAAGUGUAAAUAUUGUGAGCGAGCUGUCAGGGAGGGGAGAGGAGUGAUGAGAACCCGACUCAGCACGUGCACGGCUCGUGAAGCACGGAUCUGCGGGGCACCCUUUUUUUUGUAUCGUUGCUCACUGCAUGACCUCCCCUUCUUGCUUUGGGGGAUAGGGGUCAGUGGGCAUGGUGCGGCGGGUUGGGGUUGGAUUUGGUGACCUUUGAGGUCUUUUCCAACCGGAGUAAUUCUAUGAUUCUGUUUAGGGAUUUGGUUAGCAGGCACGGUGGCAAUGGGUUGGCGGCUGGACAUGGUGAUGGUGGAGGUCUUUUCCAACCACAAUGAUCCUGUGGCUAUGUAGGCAGCCAUGGUGGUGCUGGGGUGACAGCUGGACGCGAUGACUCAGCUUUUCCAACCCUCAUCCAUGUUGGGAAGCAAACCCUACAGCUUGCUUGUGCUUAACUGGGAACAUUGCAAACCUUCUGCUUGCCUUCACGAUCACCGCCUUAACCCCUGCAGGAAGAACACUGCAGACCACGCUUUCUCCAAGCUGCGAGCUGUGCCAUCAUGGUUCCAGCACGUGUGCAUCUUUCCUUUCAAAUUUGGGGUUCAUUUCUUGUGCACACCAUGGGGUUUGGUGGCUCAAUCGGCACCGGUGCCCGGAGCGCGUGGUGGGGAGAUGGGAGUGCCAUUGGUAAGAACCUGUGAACUGGAAGCCAUGUUCUGUCAUCUGCCAAAUACUGAAUAAAUUCAUCUCAUCCUUA